AUGACACUGAGAAAAUUUAUACCCAAGGGGUAUUUAAGUAAUGAUGCUGAUAAUUCCACCUCUUGUAAUGUCGUCAAAGCUGAAAAUCCUCAAGUCACACAAAUUGGCACGAAAUUUGAGAAAAAACUCAAAAUCGAUGAUAAACCACCAGUGAAUUGUGCAACGACCAUCAUUUUUUAUGAUGACGAUUUAACUGUUGAGUUCAAAACUCACAAUCGACCUUUGUUUGUUAGCGCGUAUGUCCGAGAACAGAAAAUGAAUCGGAUACUCAUUGAUGGGGGAUCUGCUGUCAAUAUUAUGUCCGUACGUGCUAUGAAAGAAUUAGAAAUUUCAAGCGAUGAACUCUCCCAGAACCGCCUAAUGAUCCAAGGAUUUAACCAAGGGGGGCAAAGAGCAAUUGGUCUCAUAAGGCUUGAAUUGUUCAUUGGUGAGUUGUCUUCAAGUGCGUUAUUUCAUAUCAUUGAAGCCAAAACCUCUUAUAACAUGCUCUUGGAAAGGCCCUGGAUUCAUGAGAAUGAAAUUAUAUCGUCUACUCUUCAUCAAUGUUUCAAAUAUUGUCGAGAUGGUAUAGUUAAGAAAGUUACUGCCGAUGACAAACCUUUCACUGAGGCCGAGACUCACUUUGCCGACGCCAAAUUUUACCUUCAGAAAGAAGCAAAAAGAAAAGAAUCAGUGAAGGAAGAAAGUCAAGAUUUCAAAGUACCCAAUUUGCGAUAUAUUCCAAGAUCAAGGAGAGAAGAAGGUCAGUCUUCUUUUAUCAGAAAUGAUACAUUAAAUAUUCCGCUCACCAAGAUAGAGCCUGUUAAAAAUGAGAAAGCGAGCUUGCAAGGAUUUGUUCGUCCCAAAGAAGAACCGGCAGUAGAACAUUACUCACUACCAACUAAUCGGACUCAAGAAGGUUUUGAUCCAAACGCAUACAGACUUCUUGCUAAGGCCGGUUAUAACCCAAAUGAGAAGCAUGCAUUGGGCAAACUCCCUCCUGAGGUGACUGGCGAGAAGACUCAUGGAUUAACACCUACGCAGAAAAUAUUGAAAGAAAAAGGAUAUAACGUUGAAAGUUCAUCGAUGGGUCUUGGUUAUCAACCGCCUUCUCCAGUGCGUAUAAUGAUCAAAAGGGCAAGUUGUAACUAUGUGAACGAAGAGAUGGAGGUCACAAGCCGAAAGAGAUCUGUGUUCGAUGGGUUGGGAAAUAAGUCAAAGCGUACUUCUGUGUUUGACAGACUUGGCCCGCAGUCAAAAAAUUUGAAACCGCCCAUCUAUGAAAGAUUAGACAGCAAAAAACAAGAGUACCAAAUUGCCAAAGAAGAAAGUCUUACUCCAAUAAAAAAGAACGGACUAAGAAAGCAAGUCUCCAAUUUCUUCAUGCACUAUGGAAACUUAUUCAAUGUAAGAAUUGAAACCAUUUUUGAAGAACAGGGUCAAGAAAGUAUGGCUUCCUGUCACCAUAUUAUGAUCAGUGAUCCCGAAGAAGAAGAAGAAGAUGCGGAUGACGCUCCCCCUGAACUUGAACAAGGGGUAAAAAAUACAGUCGAUGCCCUAAAAGAGAUUAACCUUGGCACAAGCGACGAUCCUCGCCCAAUUUACGUAAGCUCUUGUAUGACUCCUGAAGAAGAGAAAGAAUAUGUUGAUUUGCUGCUCGAGUUCAGGGACGUCUUUGCCUGGAAUUACUCAGAAAUGUCUGGUUUGGAUCCAAGGAUCGCCGUUCAUAAUUUGUCUGUCAAGCGAGGAACAAAACCUGUCAAGCAAGCUCAAAGGCGCUUUCGGCCCAAAUUGAUUCCUCUGAUAGAAAAAGAGAUAAAUAGAUUGAUUGAAACUGGAUUCAUACAGAAAGUGAAAUAUCCAACAUGA